AUGCAUUUGGGCCGAAUACAGCAAGGGAAAGACGAAUCUCUGCGAAGCUAUGUGCGACGUUUUAAUUUAGAGUUAGGACAGAUUCCAGAUCUACCUGAUGGGGUGGCCUUUGAUAACUUCUUUAGGGGACUUAAGAAGGGUUCCUUUAAGUUUGACUUGGUAAAGAAAAGUGUGAGAACUAUGGCCGAUUCUCUGGAUGAGGCCGAGUCCUUUAUCCAUGCCACCGAAAUCUGUUCUGUCCCCAAGGAAUCUAAGGGAACUGAGACUACAGACCAUCCUCAGCGCAAGGACAAGACAGAUAAAAAGACCAACCGUCCGAAUGGGACGUGGGCUAUUGAAAAGAAGGGAUAUCAGACUAACACCUCCCAAGGGCAGAAGAGAGGACGACCCUACGACAAAGAGAGGUUUGAGUAUAAAACAGACUUGUACACGAUACUGCUAGACGUCAGUGAUAGAUAUGAGAUUGAUCCUCCGUUCCCUAUGAAGUCGCCGGUAGAAACCCGGGACAGCUCCCUCUACUGUAAGUUCCGUUGUGAUGUAGGGCAUGAAACAAAAGAUUGCAAGAGUCUGCGUAGAGCUCUUGAUGGAUUAGCCGCCAAAGGAUUUCUGAAAUCAUAUCUCAGCACGAGCACAGGGGGAAGUGGUAAAAAAUUCUACAAGAAAAGUAAGUCACCGUCAUAUCGACGUGAUGACAAUGACACUGAUUCAGAAUGUAAUGUUAUCCGGAAAAUCCCCAAUGGAUCACUUCCCAAAGUAGAGAUUUGUGAAGCCGACAGAGGUAAGAUAGCCACCCCUCAUGAUGAUCCCUUGGUCAUUGAGCUAAAAGUGGCGAACCUCAAAGUAAGGCGUAUCUUAGUAGACACGGGAAGUUCGUCAGACAUUAUCAGUACAGCUUGUCUGAAUCGUCUCGAACAUGAUCCUAAGACGAUUGAAAAGAUACGUUAUCCCAUCAUUGGAUUCAGAGGCGGCAUAAUUCAUCCCCAAGGGAUAAUCACUCUGCCCCUACGAGUGGGAGGCCGACAUAAGAGUAAGAACUUGAACGUCCGAAUUCUGAUUGUGAAAGAUCUCACUGCUUACAAUAUCAUCUUGGGACGUCCCACUUUGAACCAGGCCAAAGCAGUAGUCGUCACUCAUCUUAUGCUUAUGAAGUAUGUCUUUGAUAAAGGCCAAGUCGGCACUAUUCAUGGUGAUCAACAACUAGCAAGAGAUUGUUAUCUCACUACACUAAGUCCCGAGGCUUGGGGAGGCAGUAAGACUGAUGAAGUCAGAGCAAGUUCAAAAAGAAAACUAGACGAAAUAGAAGAUAAAGUCAAGAAAGAAACCUUUACCAUUACCACGGCCCACAUGGAGACAAGACGGCCUGAGCCAGUUGGCGGUCAUUAUGAAAUCAUCCUUGAUGAAGCACGUCCAGAUAGGACGGUGCCAGUAGGGUUGUCUCUUGACGAUCAUCUUGGGGCACAACUGGUCACCCUCCUGAGAGAGUUCCAGGACAUCUUUGCUUUCGCUGUGGAGGAGAUCGAUGCCUGA